CCAGAGCGCGCGCCAGGGGCUACCUUGUCCAGCAUCCUCCAGUCCCUCUCGGUGUGUCCCGAGAGCGUCCCAAAGGAAGUUACUACCCCAUCUUCCAUGCACGCGGCGUCUAGCUUAGACGGUAGCGAUCCACCGGUAUCGGACGAGGCCAGCGCUUCCGACCUCAAGUUCGUGACGGAGCGCGUGGAUGAUUCGGGGCCUGACGCAUUCCCGCAACACGAGGAAUGCGUGGCCGUGCUCACUAUGAAGUGUGGCGAACCGCUCAUGGCUGUGCGCAAGAAGCUUCAUGACGAGAUCCUCAUCCCGUUUAUUCCGGACGAGGGUUUUGGCGUGUUCCAGAGCAAAGUAGAGCGUCACUACAGCAAACUGGACCCCAACUACGUGCAGGAGCGACGUGCCAUCUACUUGAAGCCGAGCAGCAACGCCACUCAAUCCAAGUACGUACAGCUGACCAAAGAGAACUUCGAUCCGCUACUGCGAGUGCGCUGGAAAGUGGCGCGUAGUAUGAAAGUGGAGCUAAAGUACGAGGUCUUCUGCUACUUUGUGGACACGACUACCAAGAAGGACAAGAAGCGAUUGUCCAUGAAAAUGUUCCAGCAGCAACAGCAGCAACUGGCGGAAAGCGGCGUCGACUCGAUCGUGCCCAACGGCGCGCCCGGUGCUUCAGCGUCGCCCAACCCGUCCUUUAUGCCGUUUGGCCAGGCAGCAACGGCCGGAUUCCCUCUCAUCCAGAGCUACGCAGACAUGUCAAUCGACGGAUCGCUCACACCUGGUGGCAGUGCUGCAAAGACUGCAGGUAUUAGGACGGGCCACAAGAACGGAGCGCGUGACGAAGGUAUUCAGGCUAAUGACCGACCCAGAAAGGUAGCGCGCGGCAAACAGACAACUGCGACGGCCGGAGACCAGCUGCAAUUGGACGGAAGCGCUGAUGAGCCCGUGUUCCACACGAUUCCGUUCCGGAUCAAUGGUUUUGUUGUACCGUUGGAAGUGGACAUCACUGCUCUGAAGCGAAGUUUGGGGUUAAUACAACCACCUUCCGACGCCCCCGUUGGCGGCAGCGGCCUGGAUCCCACCCCACACUUAUAAUAGGAUACGGUAGCGCGGAUUGUCUUGUCAUUCGGGGAAGAGAGAUGAAGCAGGAGGCAAGGAAGUAGGUACAUGUAAUGCAUGAAGGAAAACGGAGACUGCAACCAAGUAGACAAGCGAACAGUACUCGGACGUUAGCAGCAGCUCGGUAGUGGGGUUUCUUGUCCUACAAUCAGUCUCGUUGUGUGAACCUGUAGUAAUAUCAUGUUGCUGAGCGAGGCGAUAGUCAUUGUUGUACUUCAUUUCAACAAAUAGUCUUUCCGAC